AUGCUGAAAAGUGCUCUUACGUUAGGACAGCAGACUCUUCUACGGAGCCAGGAAUCUUGAAACUGUGGAUCAUCCAUAUAUGCUUUGAUAACCUGAUUUAGAUGUUUUAUUUUCUGGAAGUCCUGCAACUAUCCUAAACAUUGAAAGUAUUGUAGAACAGACCUAUGGUGAAGCGACUUCCAGUCAUUUGGAAAGGAUGGGAUGAAAAGGAACCUUGGUGAUAAUUUUGAUGUCUGCAAGAUUUGGUACCAGUGUAAUGGGAUUAUCGGUAACACCUUCACUGCAGAAAAAGCCACCUGGCGCUAUAACUGGCAGCAACUGAGAACUAAUCCUUUCCCAUCUCUUGGAUGUCAUUCAUGAAGCUCAAAGCGAUUUCUAUCCUGCUAACUGUGAUUAAUUUUAUAAACAACAACAAAAAAUUCAGGCCAAUGGUAGCAGAGACUACAUAGAACUAUGCAUCGUGGUGUUCUGGGAAAAACCUUUCGACUUGUUGGCUAUACUAUUCAGUAUGGCUGUAUAGCUCAUUGUGCUUUUGAAUAUGUUGGUGGUGUUGUCAUGUGUUCUGGACCAUCAAUGGAGCCUACAAUUCAAAAUUCAGAUAUUGUCUUUGCAGAAAAUCUUAGUCGACACUUUUAUGGUAUCCAAAGAGGUGACAUUGUGAUUGCAAAAAGCCCAAAUGAUCCAAAAUCAAAUAUUUGUAAAAGAGUAAUUGGUUUGGAGGGAGACAAGAUCCUCACCAAUAGUCCAUCAGAUUUCUUUAAAAGUCAUAGUUAUGUGCCAACAGGUCAUGUUUGGUUAGAAGGUGAUAAUCUACAGAAUUCUACAGAUUCCAGGUACUAUGGGCCUAUUCCAUAUGGACUAAUAAGAGGACGUAUAUUUUUUAAGAUAUGGCCUCUGAGUGAUUUUGGAUUUCUGCGUGACAGCCCUAAUGGCCACAGAUUUUCUGAUGAUUAGCAAGCAUUUAUUUUGAUCUGAUUACUGUCUCCUGUUCAAGUUAAUUUCUUAUUGCUACUGAAACCAUGUACCUAAUAAUAAACUAUUUGUAUUCAGCUUUAGUUAUUUUUAAUUGGGAAAAAUAAUUCAACACACACUGUGAAAGCUACAGUACUUCAAAAUAUAUGGAUAAAAAUGUAACCCCAAAUCAUUUAAAUUUUGAUAGAGUUAAAAUAUUUUUAGGGGGAAAAUCUGGAUGACUACCUCACUGAAUUUUUUGUUUUAUAGGUAAAAUGAGAGUAUCUCCUCUUGAAUAUGCCUCAUACUUUAGCUACAUUUACAAAUCAGAUUAGUGUCAUUUUUAAGUCUAACCCAACAAUAAAUGCCAGUUUGUUCUAAUAAAAAGUUGCUAUGUCACAUGCUUUGCUUACUCAUUUGAAAUAGAAGUUUAAACAAUCCCCAAAAGAACCCUAAAGUUCUUUAAAUAUGUACUCAUAUUGUACAUAGAAUAUGAACUAUAUAGAAAAAUAAAAUCUUAAGACUAUUAAAGUCAUUAACAAUAUAUAUAAAAGUCUGUUUCAUCAUAACAGCAAUGCAGUGGUUUCUUAUUCACAAAUAUAGGCAUUGCUACUCUAUUUUAAUACUUUGAAUAAUGUACCUGUUUCAAAUUAUUUUCUUUUAAGCUACCAUUUCCUAAAUCACAUUUAAAGUUGUGGACGGUAGUGCUGAAGAGCAUGUUCCCAUUAAUACUGCCACAUGAAGAUUUUGAAUACAAUGCUAAGGUUGAAGUCAUGUCUUCUGAUUCCAAAGCUAUAUUUUUUUACAGCUGCCACUUUGCCUUCUUUAUUAACUUUUAUUUACUUUAUUAACUAUAUCUCAUGAAAACCCCUAUCUACUCUUUAUUAUGGGAGAACUAAGUUUAUGCUAUUCACAAAGAUUAUAAUUUACUUUCAGUGACUUGAGAAUUUGAAAUAAGUAUACAGUAGGCAUACAGCUUUAGCAGCUAGAAACAUCAUCUAUUACAUCAAAAAUGUAGUAACUACAAAGGCACAUGAUAAUCCUAUGACCCAUUAAAAAAAGGAGCUAUGAGUAUUUAAAAAACAAAAUUUUUAUUUUGUACCAAGGAAAAAAGGAACCAAUAAUAAUACAAGUUCUCAGAUGGGAAUUUAUGAAAUAUAAUUUAUAGUUCAUGUUCUCCCCUUUUUGGUGACCUGUAAAAUAUAAAUUAUAAACACACAGAAAAACCUAAAAUGAAUUUUCUAUUAAUAUGCGGUGGCCUUUGUUUGACAAUUUCAUAUUUUCUGUGCAAAUAUGAGCAGAUUGAAAAAGAAGCCCACUUCUUAUCAGCUUUAUACAUUUGCUUGAUGCACAAAGUUGGAACGGAUUUUUCUCAGCCUGUCUGUAUACACAGUGAAAGAAAACAUUAUGUGAACAAUUUCAGCUAUAAUGAAGUAUUUCUAUAAUUAGUGAACAUGUAUCACAAGAAACCAGGGUAACUUCCUCUGCUUCCUCCUUGGAAACACUGUAUGUUCCACCACAUCGGCAACUUAGAGAAAAAGAGUGAUCAUCUGCAAAGAAAACAAAAGAACACUUUAAAUGAGUACAGUGGGUCCUCCCUGGUGGCGCAAGGCGUUAAGAUGCAACCUAUGAAGCUGUCCUCAGUCAAUGCAGCAUGAGUUCGAUCCCCAGCCAGGGAGGUGGCCCACAUGGAGCAGCAGACCUCUCCUGUCUCACCCGCUGCUCCCCUCAGCAGUGUAUUUCUGUCAAUCCGCCUGUUCGGUUUCCCACUCUGUCUCUGAUGAAUCCUCUCAGGCUCUGCACCUCUGGGCUGUACCCCAGUUCUUGUAUGCAUAAAUAAAUAAAUCUUUAAAAAAAUGAGUACUAGCAUUUUAAAAAAUGCUGUUUGUUAUACACACACACAAAAUGCAAAGCAAAAGAAGUAAAAAAUGUAUAAGAUGUAUGUAAAUGAGAACUCAAAAAAAUAUUCUUGUCAAAGGGGCAGUGUUUCUA